UUGGCAACACUGGUCAUAAACAAUCACAAAAAUCCUUGCACAAAAAUCAAGGUUAUACAAAUAUAGAAUAAAAGAUUUGUUUUUCUCGACGAAAUGGCUCCUUCAAAACCACUGAAAUUGAAAAACGAGAUUCCAUCUAAUAAUAAAAAAAAUAAAUUCUUAUCCAUCGAGUCAGAUGACAUAAGUUAUAGUUUUGCUGCUAGGCUUCUUGGGAAUUUAAAUUUGUUAAGGAGAGAUAAAUUGUUUUGUGAUAUCGACAUAAAAAUAGGAAAUGAAGUAUUUAGUGUUCACAAGGCAAUACUAACAGCAAGUAGUCCGUAUUUCCAUGCAAUGUUUACAGGUGGUUUAUGUGAAAAAGAUCAAAAUUGUGUUGAAUUACAUGGUGUUUUUCCAAAGACUUUUGAGUUUAUCCUUGAAUUUAUGUAUACAGGAACAGUAGUUGUAGAUAAAAAUAAUGUCGAAGAUCUUGUAAUUGCUGCAGAUAUGUUUGAAAUUAUAGAAAUAAUUACAAAAUGUUCCUACUUUUUGAUUGAUCAACUACAUGAAACUAAUGCCAUUGGAAUAUACUUGUUUGCAAGAGACCAUAAUAUAUUAGAACUCAAAGUCUCUGCUAUAAGAUAUAUAGAAGAGCAUUUUCCAAAAGUUAUUAAGGAAGAAGAAAUUUAUGAACUGGAAAAAGACACCUUUAUCAACUUUUUAUGCUCAGAAUAUUUAAAAAUAGAUUCUGAAUGUGAAAUGUUUGAAGCUGCCAUCAAGUGGAUUAAGCAUGAUAUUGCAAACCGAAAACCAUAUGUAUUUGACAUAUUGAAGAAAGUUAGAUUACCAUUGAUAUCAUUUACAUUUCUUGAGAGAGCCAUUAAUGAAUGUCCAGAUAGCAGUUUGAAGGUGGCUCUUAAAUCAGUAUAUAGUGAUAUGAUAAAUCAAAAGGGUUGUUUAGUCCCAUUGAAUGCAAAACCAAGAAAAUGUGCUAAAAAGGAUAUUUAUGUUAUUGGUGGAUCAAAACGGGAACUUCAUAGUGUAUGGGAUAGAGGUCUUGAAAUGCAUUAUGUAUCUAUUGAAAAGUUUAAUACCUUUACAAGAAAAUGGGCAAAGGUACCUGAUAUGAGAGUGAAUCGUUUAGUCCCUGGUGUAGCAUCUUUAAAUGGUUACAUAUAUGUCGUGGGUGGCGAGGAGGGUUCAAAUAUUCUUUCUAGUUGUGAGAGAUAUGACCCAGAAACAAAAACCUGGACACAAGUGGCUAGUAUGGUAAUACCUAGAUGUGAAUUUGGUUUAUGUGCUUUAGAUGGUUAUUUGUAUGCUAUGGGUGGUUGGGUUGGUAGAGAUAUAAUUGAUUCCAUUGAAAGAUAUGAUCCCAGAGUUGACAAGUGGGAAGUGGUUGGCUCUUUGUCAGAAUCUAGAUUUAGUAUGGGAUUGGUCUCUUAUGAAGGUUUAAUUUAUAUGGUUGGUGGCUCUUCCUUAACCCAAAGGAAUAUGCAAGAUUUGAUGAGGUACAAUCCUGUGAGUGGUAAAUGGCAAAAGCUACCAUCAAUGUCAAUAGCUCGCUUUCAAAUGGGUGUUGCAGUUCUAGAUGAUUACUUAUAUGUUGUUGGAGGAACAUGUAGACAACAAGUACUGAGUUCAGUUGAGAGAUAUUCAUUUAAGAAGAACAUGUGGGAGAUAGUGCAAUCUAUGACUCUAGAGAGAAGUGGUCCUGCAGUCUCAGCAAUAGAUGGAUAUUUAUAUGUUAUAGGUGGUGCCAAGGUUCACGCUACACCAUUUUACAGAGCUCAGUGUACAAUUUCUGAUGUAGAAUGUUUCAACCCUUAUAAUAAUAGUUGGUCUGUUUGUCCACCUUUAUCUGAAACUAGAGCAGAAGCUGGUGCUGUAGUUAUAUGAUCCCUUCAUCUUGCGUUUUUUCCCAAAAAAAUAGAAAUUAGAGGAUAUCAUGGUCAAAAUUUAUUGAAGUUUUGUGUGAAUUAACAUUGAAUCUCAUAGUGACUUUUUUAAGAAACUACUUUUUAUUUUUAGACUUUAAAAGAUACAUUUAAUAAUUUAGUGUCUAUUAUAAAUAUGUUAAUCUAAUUAGUAUGAGACUAAGUUCUACUACCUAUAUUACUAAGGUUACACUACCUAUAUUAUACUAACUAUAUUACUAAGAGCUCGCCUGAACAGAAAAAUAUCAUUUGAACUUGGGAAAAAUGUUAGUUACCAAUCCUCAGGGUUUUCUCUGGACACUACGGUUUCUGGUUUAAUCUCCGGGUCUCGGGAUUAUCACCUGGAUUGUCCGGGUAGAACGAUAACUAGCUUACAAGGAUUUUUUGUUAGACGAGUGAAUAGGCGGUGGUGAGCGACACUAGGUGAGAUGCGUUUUUGUAUUUAAAUUGUUGCUUAAUAAUGAAGAAGUAAAAUUAAUUUUGUUACUUUUUUAACCAGUGUAUUCAAUCAGUUUGAAGGAAUGACUGUAUUCAAAAGAAACAUAUUAAAUGAGUUAAAUUUUGAAGUUAAUUUAAAAUGUUUUUAAAACAUUUAAGAAGUUUCUGAGUGAAAAUAACUUUAUUUCAAACAACAAAAUUUAAUAAUACUGACAAAGGCUUUAAAAGCAUAAAGUUGAUUUGUAUGUGUUACAACGCCUUUUAUAUGAAAUUAAUAAAAUGAUGUAAAAAAUCUAGUUUCGGAUGAAAUUCUUGUAUUUAUCUAAAUCAUAAUGAAAAAGUUCUAGAAUCUUCUUAGGAAUGUUUAGAAAAAGUGUUGUAAACGAUUUAUUAUAAAAUAAUAUAAAAUUAUUAAUAGAACAAUGUUAUCUUAAUGCGUAGAAUAUAUCUUCUCCCCUCUUAGACAGAAACAUAUAGGUACUUUAGUUCUGUUUACGUAAAUAAUAUUAAUUUAAAUUUCAAUUAUCUAACAUAAUUAAAUAAAAGUUAGACAAGAGUUAGUUAUAUCCUUUACAAAAAUAAAUAAAUAAAUCAUUAUUAAAUUCAAAUAUAAUUUCAUUAAAUAUGAGCUAUUAAUUUGUAACAAUUUCUUAA